CACGAGUGAGAAGACCUUUGCCUGGCCGUGUGCUGACAGAACUGUUGCUUCGCGACCUUGCUCACAUAGAACAUUUUACCUGUACGGAUGAUGGUAUGCUAACAGUUCAUGCAAGGGGCCUGCCUCAACAUCAACUUCAUCGCUUUCUCUUCCAUGGGCUUAAGAACUGAAGGGGCCUGAAUGAAAUUUUGGCAUGAAAUUAAAAUUUUUGCCAACACUAGACCGCAGUGCACGUGAUGAAAAUUCAAACAAUACUGAACCAACACCUGAUGCAUUCAGCCAUUGGGAUGACGAACCACAGUAUGAGAUAACGAAUCGAGAUAAAGUUAUCACUUCGUUCAUCGCUGGGGCACUAGCUGGCUCUCUUGCGAAGACUGCUAUAGCACCCCUUGACCGCACAAAAAUUAACUUCCAAAUACACAAUGAGCAGUUCUCGUUUCCCAAGGCGAUUAAGUUCCUGGUCAAUUCAUACAAGGAGCAUGGCCUAUUCAGUUGGUGGCGAGGCAACACAGCCACCAUGGCAAGAGUUGUCCCCUUUGCCGCAUGCCAGUACGCUGCUCAUGAGCACUGGAAGAUCAUCCUCAAGGUGGACACAAACGAAAGGAGGAAGAAGCACUACUUCAAGACCUUCCUUGCCGGCUCCUUAGCUGGUUGCACAGCAUCAGCAUUGACAUACCCCUUGGACGUUGCACGUGCAAGGAUGGCCGUCUCCAUGCCAGAGAGGUAUCGAAACAUAAUUGAAGUGUUUCGGGAAAUCUGGAAUAAGGAAGGCCCGAGGCACUUGUAUAGAGGGUUUUCACCCACGAUGCUUGGUGUCAUUCCGUAUGCUGGUGCUAGUUUUUUUACGUACGAGACUCUGAAGAGGCUAAGAGCAGAGCAGACAGGAUCGACAGAACUGCACCCGAUCGAGCGCUUGAUGUUUGGUGCGGUAGGUGGCCUGUUCGGCCAGUCAUGCUCCUAUCCGCUGGACAUUGUGAGGAGGCGGAUGCAGACUGCUCCACUCACUGGACACAACUACACCAGUGUAUUGGGAACCCUCAUCACGGUUUACAAGAAUGAAGGCCUCAUUGGUGGCCUCUACAAAGGACUGAGCAUGAACUGGAUUAAGGGACCCAUCGCUGUCGGCAUCAGCUUCAUGACGUUUGACAUCAGCUCGCAGGCGAUGCAGAAAGCGCUGGCAUCGCGAUUUUGGACACGAUGGCGCAGUGUCUAGGCCCGCUUAGUUCUUUUUCAAGGAUUUAGGUUUGUCUUUGCUUGACUUUGUAACGACCGCGGCAGUAGUAUGAACUGGCUCUAGCUGUUGUUAAAACAUUGUUUGGUUGCGAGUUGUAGCUUGGUGCCUCAUGUCAUGAUAACCGAUCCCAUGGCUUACAGAUUACACUGAUGUUCAUUCCAGGCUAUAGUUGUAGCGGAACGAAAAGCUUUUUGCAGAGUUGUAGUUAAGGAAUGCUUGUACUUAGUCAGCCUUAACAACAUCUAUGUUUUAUGACUGGGGACUGCUGGAUGAUAGGUGAAUAUAUAUCCCUGUCGCAUUGCUUCCCAACAUCUCACCGUUUCUUGCUAAGGUAGUAAUGCAGCUGAAAGUGUGAUAGCCAUGAAGGAGGGGCAAUAACCUUCCUCUAGUCCUUCAGCUUUUGUGAAGCUUCAUAGCCUCGACUUCAUCAACAAUGACAACACAGUGAAAAGUUGGGUUUUACACCAUAGUGUAUGAAGUCAGCCACUUCUUACUUUGGUACAUUUUAGUUUAGCACGCUUUUUACGAGAAAUAAUGCUACUUGAACUACGGUGAUCCAUUGGCAUAGGAACUUGUGGGACGGCUGCUGACCUGCUAGUUAAUCACUUGGUCUGCAAUUUCUCUUGAGAUUUAAAAGUUGAAAUUGGAUCAAGUGCACAUGUUAAAGGUUGUGCAGCUCCUAAAUCGCAGUGAUUCAUAAUUCUUUAAAGCAGGCAGCUGCAUAAAAAUAAUAGCUCCUCUUAUUAUACUCCAAGCAGAAGAUGUGGAUGGUUGGGAGAUUAAAUUUGCAGAUAAGCGUGAUUGCCAUACUGAGGGCAUCGUGCCUUGGCAGUCACAUUCUCACAUUUAGCUGCCCAAAUACAUCCCUUGUGUGGGGCGCUGGUCGAAUACAUUUGACGCUGCUUUGCCAUCUAUUUGGGUAAAAUCUUUGAAGUUGAUGGGCUACCGCUGUUUGAUCUGACUACUUUCCCAUGUAGCCAAGGUUGCUGUCCCACACUGCUGCUAAUGAAGCGUUUUUUGUACUGGUGUUAGAUGUGCACUCCAGAAGAUCAUUUAAUGCUAUCAGCAUUGUAUAUCUCUACCCCCCUGUGGGGACGAGGAGCCACUGCCACUACAUGAAGCUACUAAUUUACCAUGGGAACAACUCAAUGAUAGCUGCUUUGAAAACAGAAGCCAGCUGAUCCUAUUAAUUUCCCUUACCGGUCGACCAUGAGUUCAGUAACAGUGGCAUUCAGCAACCGCUGGAGAUGCCAGCAUUAUUUUAAAACAACUAGUAAGUUUGCUUCUUUUUAUUCUAAAAGCUGCGUUAAUUACUGAAUGUAAGAUACAUUUUUUUGCAUGAAUGUCACGCCAUUACCAGCAUCAUGCAAUCAUAAAUACUGCAUGAGGAGGGACCUUCGAAGAUUAGGGGAAAAGAUUGUGAUCAUAAUGCAACCUGGUGAUGCUCAAUGCAAUCAUAGUAAUGGACUUGGAGCAGGUCUUUUCAGCACAGCAAAAUGGGUGAUGCAUUACUACGGUGCACGGCCCCCCAGACUCCAGAUUCACACAUGCAGGAAUAGCUGUGUUUGUUCUUUGAGGCCAUAGAGACUUGCAUUACUGUAGUGCAUUGGCUCAUUGGACCUAUAGUCCAUUGAUCAGUCUAGCUACUCUUGUUGAACGUCUCUGUGCCAUCCACGCUUCUUGCCGUAAAGAGGUUAGUUUUCCCGCCAUGCUUAGCCACAUGGUGUCCGAGCCCACUGCACUAUUGAAAAGAGAAAUUAAAUUAGGGGUGGGUGGGUGAAAAUUUCGCUUAAUGUCUGCAUAAUUUUUUCCGUAUAUACAGCAAAAUGCCUUCUCACAUAUGCCCCCUUUCUGAAAUAAAUAUUGUUAUAUUAGUAUGACUGGCAUGCCCCUAGCGUAAAUGCAAUGGUCCAAUGCAGUGAUCUACCACUGCAUGAAAUUACCAAAUAUUGAAGGCUAGAGUGAUUUUAGCCAGUCAAAUGCAUACCACGUCGGUCAUGGAGAAAUAGAUUUUUGGAGCUACUAAAUGAGCAUCGCCUGCACUGAAGUUCUUUGCUAAUAUAUGCUAAGCACAUGCAGAAGGCAACGCCUCGUGUGUGUCCAGUUUUAAGCCAUGUUGAAGCAAAGGAUGCAUGCUAAUGAGGUGUGCCAUACAGUGUGCUUCACUUAAAAAAAAAUAAGUUUAUCUUCAUGCUUGAGUUUUGUCCUAGGAAACAAAUACAGCUAGGAAUCCUUGCGUUCGUAUUCCUGCAUUUGUGUGCAGCAAAGGGCAUUUUUAAACUUUUAGGUACACUUAUCAUUAUACUUGGUCAUUGUGCACCAUUGUCCUGCGAGCUAACCCCCAAGUUAGAUUAAAAUUUUUUCUCCAAUACUGGCACCCUCGCGCCAUAAAACAACAAACUCAUUAAUUCAUUCCAAUACUGGCAGAAAGAAAGCAGCUUUGGAAUUUUGCAUCGGCACGCAAUGGUGGGCUUUGGGAGACUUUACUUCUCUGUGUGCUCUUCUCUCAUUUGUGUUUCGUUCACGAUAAGCACACGGAUAUAAAUUUGUUUGAAAAUCCCAUUGAAAGUUGGAUAUCACAGGGGCUUUUUGUAAAUUCUGCCUCGUAGUUGCUUUGCCAGUCAUGGUGACGUUUGUGUGCUUAACAUAACUGCUGCUUCUGGGAGUAAAGUGUGUCAUGUUAAGGCAACGGCCAUGAUGUCGGAUCAGUCAUUUUCAAAAGCUAGUAGAAGUGAACAUGGUGAAAUGGAGCACUGUUCACAUCAGCAUUAUUUUCACAUCACAUACUUCUAGAGCACAUAGACAUGAUACCUGUCAUCCCAGUGAAGUGUUGUGGUAGGCAUUAUGUCUUGCAAAAGUUUAAAGCAUGCCUAAAGUGAUUGAUUGAUAAAAAGUAUGGACGGAAGCCUCAAUAGGUGGAGUGUGUGUGUACAGUUGCUGUAAGCGUGAAGAGUAGUGGCAUUAUCGGUAGGCCCCUGUUACAUUUGACAUAAUUUAAAGACUGAGGUUACCGCUUCGGAAGUAUUGCUUGGUCCAAAAGAGUGCAAUGGCAGAUACAGUGCCUUGAUUCAUACGACUCAAACAAUUUGUGGUGCUGGCGAAUCCGUCCUCAAUGGGCCAGUUCGAUAAUCUGUCUGCUUGUAUAUAUCUGACUUUGUCAGAAAUGUAAAGUGUUAUAGGGGGUUCAACGUGGGGAAGCCUGGCUCCACUUGGGUCAGGAUUGUAUAGUGUUCGAGGUUUGUAGAGCUGGUAAAGUGCAGGCUUUAUUACAGAACUGCUGCAUUGCAUGGAAUGUCUGGAAAGUCAGUCAUCCGUGCGUAUCAUCUAGGUUGUUGAAAUAAAGUUGAAGAAAGUUAUUGCCUCUG